AUGUUUGAUUGCAAACCUCAUUACAUCAAUAUACUUCCUCACUUCAGUGGAAGGUCGAAUGAUGAACCGUACACGCAUUUGGCGGAAUUCUCAUCCAUAUGUAACACAAUCAGGGGGCACAAUUUUGCAUUGGAGGAAGUCAAGCUUCGACUAUUUCAAUUUUCGUUAAAGGUCAAAGCGAAGCAAUGGUUCCUUACACUCCCGGCAAAUAGUAUUCGAACAUGGGGAGAAAUGCAACAAGCCUUUCUUGAUGAAUACUAUUCGAUGGCGAAGACCGAUGACGCUCGUGAUGAAAUUAGGUCUUUUCGCCAACUAUCGGGUGAGCCGUUGCAUGAAGCAUUCACAAGAUACAAGGAGUUGAUGCGAAAGUGCCCACAUCAUCAAAUAGAGAAGUGGGAGUUAGUCAAGUGUUUUGUACGGGGUCUAGACGACAAUACAUGGAACCGCCUCGAGUCAACGAGCAACGGGACUUUGUUGAGCAAUCAUGAAGAUGAUGAUUGGGAAUUCCUUGAGCGGAUGAGCAAGCGGUCGAAGGAAAAGGAAUCGGCCGAUAGAGCCAAGAAACAUCCCAUUUCCCGAUCACUUCCCAAUCUUGAUACUAAGGAUCGAAUUACUACCUUAGAACGGGAAAUGGGUCGUAUGAAGAAGAAGGAGGUGAACGCGGUACAAUUCGCGGUGUGUGAAGAGUGUGGAGACAUCGGCCAUAGAACCGAGCAAUGUCCAACGGGGCCGAGUGGCCAAGGAAGUUCUUCUUACAACAACCGUCAAGGUGGUAACCAAGGAGGUUACCAACGUAAUUACAAUCAAGGGUACCAAGGCUGGGACAAUAGUUACCAAGGUGGGUACCAAAGGAAUUACAAUAAUCAAGGCGGUAAUGGAAGCGGGUCGAACAAUCAAACCAGUGGUGAUGAUUUGAGUGCCAAAAUGGAUGCUUUGUUAAAUAUGCAAAAAGAAUCUCACAAUGACAUCAAGGAGAUAAAGAAGACAAACGAGAUUCGGGACAAAGCACAUGAGGCAUUGGCAAAGCAAGUGGGCCAACUCGCGGAGGAAAUGGCUCAAAUAAGGGGAAGCAUGGGGAAGUGUUAG